GGAGGACUACGGCCCCCAAGAUGCACCGCGGGCCGGAACCGAUCUCGGGACUACAACGCCCGGCAUGCAGCAAGGCAGGCGCAUGCGCUAGGCCGGGCUCAGGAGGUCGACUGCCCGUGGGGCCGGAGCCGGCAUGAACCUGGAGCGGGUCCCUAACGAGGAGAAGCUCAACCUGUGCCGGAAAUACUACCUGGGCGGCUUUGCUCUUCUGCCCUUUCUCUGGCUGGUCAACGUGCUGUGGUUCUGUCGCGAGGCCUUCCUGGCACCCGCCUACACCGAGCAGCCGCAGAUCAAGAGUUAUGUCCAGCGCUCAGCUGUGGGGCUGCUGUUCUGGGUGAUCGUGCUGACCACAUGGGUCACCAUCUUCCAGACACACCGGGCCCGGUGGGGCGAGCUGGGCGACUACCUGUCCUUCACCAUCCCACUGGGCAUCCCCUGAUGGCACCCGGCGUGCUCAGAGGGCAUCCAGGGGGCGCCCUCCAGCUGGGACCAGCGGGGGUCAAGUCGCUGCCCCUCCUGCUAGAGCUGCCGUUCCUGGCUGGGGGUGCUGGUCCUCCGUGUACCCAGUUCUGCCCCGUGAUCCCACCUGGGCUGUGCCCCCCACUCCAGGAGAAUCAAUAAAGCUGAGGCCCGUUUCACCCUG